GACUUUGACGACAUGAAGUGAAGAAAUCUCUUGGUGACUGCGGCAGGCAGACGUUUCAUGUUCCAGGAUGUCUGCCUCAGCUAUUUACUUGCUGGAUCUGAAAGGCAAAGUACUUAUAUCUAGGAACUAUCGAGGCGACAUUGACAUGACCUCAGUGGACAAGUUCAUGCCUUUACUCAUGGAAAAGGAAGAAGAAGGGUGUGUUACUCCUAUUUUAACACAUAAUGCUAUUACUUUUAUGUACAUUAAGUAUAAUAAUUUGUAUUUAGUUGCAACUACGAAGAAAAAUGCUAAUGUUGCUCUGGUGUUUGUGUUCUUGCAUAAAAUUGUGCAAGUUUUCAUUGAGUACUUCAAAGAGCUGGAAGAAGAAAGCAUUAGAGAUAAUUUUGUCAUCAUCUACGAGCUUUUAGAUGAGCUGAUGGACUUUGGUUAUCCACAAACUACUGAUAGCAAAAUUUUACAGGAGUUUAUCACACAAGAAAGUCACAAAAUGGAAGCCCAACCGAGACCUCCGAUGGCGGUCACGAACGCCGUCUCUUGGCGUUCCGAAGGCAUCAAGUACAGGAAGAACGAAGUCUUCCUCGACGUGAUUGAAUCCGUAAAUCUGCUGGCUAACGCCAACGGCAAUGUCUUGCGAAGUGAAAUAGUGGGCUGCAUAAAAAUGCGAGUCUAUCUGUCGGGGAUGCCGGAACUACGAUUGGGACUGAAUGAUAAGGUGCUGUUUGAAAGCACUGGCAGAGGCAAGAGCAAAUCUGUAGAGCUUGAAGAUGUUAAGUUCCACCAGUGUGUACGCUUGUCCAGGUUCGAGAACGAUCGAACCAUAUCCUUCAUUCCUCCCGAUGGAGAGUUUGAACUCAUGUCUUACCGAUUAAACACUCACGUGAAGCCCCUGAUAUGGAUCGAAUCUGUGAUCGAACGGCAUGCCCAUAGCAGGGUGGAGUACAUGGUCAAGGCCAAAAGUCAGUUCAAGAGGCGAUCCACCGCCAACAAUGUCGAGAUCAUCAUACCUGUCCCGACAGACGCAGAUUCGCCCAAGUUCAAAACGACCGUGGGCAAUGUCAAGUAUGCACCAGAGCAGAGUGCUAUUAUUUGGAGUGUCAAGUCAUUCCCUGGUGGCAAAGAAUACCUAAUGAGAGCUCACUUUGGGCUCCCCAGUGUCGAGAAUGAAGAAUCAGAAGGGAAGCCCCCGAUUCAAGUUAAAUUUGAAAUUCCGUAUUUCACCACGUCUGGUAUUCAAGUUCGGUACCUUAAGAUAAUAGAGAAAAGUGGUUAUCAAGCUCUACCGUGGGUGAGAUAUAUAACGCAGAACGGAGACUAUCAGUUAAGAACUCAUUAAAUAUGUAAUUAUAUCAAAAUAUAUGUUUUGUUAUAUUUAUGAUGAUUAGAUAUGUUUAAAACUUGGACCAUUUGAUUUUUUUUUCAUUUCCAUAUUUCACCUAUUUCAGAAGUAUAUUUUUUAUAUAACAGAAUUUUUAAUAGCAUUUAAUGUAAAAGACAUCUCUGUUAAUCUUUUAUUAAAAUUGAACUAGGAAUAUGUUUCUACACCUAGGAGUUUCUUAGAUUUAAUGAGUUGUAAGAUGUUUUAUGUAUAAAAUAGGAUUUAAAAAAAUUUUGUUUUAAAAUUUUAUUAUAGUUCUGAUUUCUGUAAUAAAAUUGUUUAA